AUGGAGACUAUCGCCGACGUAUACGAGGAGCUCAUCAAGGAAAUCGAUGUCAGCAUGGAAAACCCAGCGCGCGUGGUCUUUGCGCGAGACACCCGUGCAUCUGGUUCUCGUCUGGUUGGGGUACUUGGUGCUGCUCUUACCGCCACGCAGGUCGAGUUUGUUGAUUUGAAAUUCAUGACCACUCCUCAACUCCACUAUGUUGUCCGCUGCAAGAACACCCUGGGUACUCAAUACGAAUACGGCGAGCCUACUGAGCAGGGCUACUAUGAGAAACUUGCCGCAGCUUUCAAGAGAGUCAUGCGGGGCGUCAAGGUCAAUGGAGCUCUGACUGUUGAUUGCGCCAAUGGUGUCGGCGGUCCAAAACUUAGAGAGCUCAUCAAGUACCUGCCCAGCCCUGAGGAAGGUGGCAUCGACAUCAAAAUCGUGAACGAUGACGUGAUUAAUCCCGAUAGCUUAAACUUCGAGUGUGGUGCCGAUUAUGUCAAGACGAAACAGCGCGCUCCUCCUUCAUCGAAAGCGGGCGUUCUUGAACGCUGUGCCUCGCUAGAUGGUGACGCUGAUCGAAUCAUCUACUAUUUCAUGGAUGAGAGCAACGUUUUCCGGAUGCUUGAUGGUGACCGCAUUGCCACUCUCGCAGCCUCAUUUAUCGGCGAUCUUGCUCGGAGUGCGGGGAUCGCGAACAAGCUCAAGAUCGGUGUCAUUCAAACCGCCUACGCCAACGGUUCCAGUACCGACUACAUCGAGAAAGUCCUCAAACUUCCCUCGGACUGCACAAACACCGGCGUCAAGCACCUUCACCACGCCGCUCUGCGGUUCGAUGUCGGUGUCUACUUCGAAGCCAACGGACACGGCACGAUUACCUUCUCCGAGAACGCCCUCAAGACUAUUAAAAACACCGAGCCCCAGUCCCCAGCUCAGCAGCGCUCUCUUGAGAGCCUCGAUGCCCUUACCGACCUGAUUAACCAGGCUGUCGGUGACGCCCUCAGCGACAUGCUCCUUGUUGAGACCAUCCUCGCUCACAAGGGCUGGACUCCGAAGGAAUGGCUAGCCACCUAUACCGAUCUCCCGUCCCGCCUUGUUCGCGUGGAGGUCGCUGAUCGGUCAAUCUUCAAGGCUUACGAUGCUGAGCGCAAGCUCUCGUCACCUCCCGGUCUCCAGACUAAGAUCGAAUCGCUGCAAUCCCGAUACAACAAGGGCAGGAGUUUUGCACGUGCCAGUGGCACAGAGGACGCCGUGCGUGUUUACGCUGAGGCGGCCAGCCGAUCCGAGGCGGACGAUCUUGCCACCCGCGUUGCUAAUGCGGUUCGCGAGGCCGGGACCAAGGAAGUCAUUCAGUAG